AUGACUACCCAGGAGGAUGCGCGUUGGAAAUCCAGGCUUCCUUAUUUUCAGAAUAACGAAACAUGGAGCCUGAUAGAUUUUUUACAGUGGAGCAUAGUGUAUGCGAAAGAUUUCGGAAAAAAGGAAGAAGAACACAGGACGUAUAAGAUUUGUUUAGAACAACUUACUCAAAGUCCUCAUUUAUUAAAGUCUCAUGGUAGCAAACCUGUCCAACGGUUGGCAUCACUGUGUUUGAAAUCACUCGAGAAAGAAAAGAAUCUAUCCGUAGUAGGAGCCUUUUGGAAAAACAAAGCCAGCGUUAUGAAAACGCUAAAAAGAGCAUCGACUCUGAAUUCCCAAAAUCUAAUUAACCAAAUGUUGGACUUACACCACGAUUUCAGCGAAGCUCUAUCCAAUACUACGCGAGAAACCAUAGAACCAGCUUUGAAACGGAAGUCAUCUCCCGAUCCAUCCGAAAGAAGAACAAAAAAAGUUGUAAUUAAUCCGAGGAACCAAACAGAAUAUGACAGUGAUGUAAGCGAUACUACAUUAGAAGAUUGGAAUGAAGAAAAGCCUGAGGAAUUUGAUGCGCAUACAGUUACUGCACCCACGAUUGGCCUUUUUUAUAAAGGACAGUCGUAUUGGUCAUCUUAUGAAAUGUCAUUCCAAAAAAUUGCCGAGGAAAGAAAAUGGCACUUGUCUUCAGGAAGAAAUGUGGAAGACGUCCUCUAUGCGUACGCGUCGAAAUUGGAAUAUGAGCAACCAGCACAUUCUUUUAUUAUAGACACAUCAGAUAAUAAUAUCAAAAAUUUAUUUACGAAAACCGAAUGGGAGGAAGUUAUAGGCACUAAUAAGAAAACUGCACCAGCUAUUGACAAGGUUCUUGUAGAGCAUUUACUGAGUUACAAGAAAAAGUCCCCCUUAGAAAUGCGAACACAUAUUAUGAAACCCUGGUUAAACACAACAUAUAAUAAAGAAGAACAUUUUGACUUUCAAUAUAUACAUCAAGUUUUUUCUCAUCUGCUGGACGAAUAUGAGUCAUCGAAGAAUCGAUUGAUGCAACCACAUGCAGAGGGGUGGUAUGCAAUCAAUGUUUGGAGCAUAUUGAUUGAUAAAACAUUCUUAAACAUUCCUGAUAUAGAACUUGUUCGUGGUGAGACGUGUAGCGUUGCAUCAAGCAACCGAAAGAACGAUGACGAGAUGUACAGGAUAAAGGGUCAGAGAAAGGCACUUGGACAUCGUAUUGAUGGUAUUUUUCAAAAUACAGUCAACGACUAUGAAUAUGGAGGAAUUGAAGUCGCGAAAACGUGUCAAGGCCCACAUGAUAGGAAAUAUUUAGGCAACUCCUUGAAACUCACGAAACUCCUGAAAGAUAUAUUCCAUCAACAAUCAAGUAUUGUUGACUAUGAUGAAACGGUAGUUAAAAAAAUAGAGAUGGUUGGCUUGUUACAUUCACGCCUUCAGUUGCAACAGUUCCUGAUGGAUUUCGGAGGUGGUUCGUGUUUGCGCCUCAGAAAAGAAACAACUAGAAAUAUUCCUCUGCAUCUUGGUGACGUAAUGGAGCUUAUUAGCACAGUUAUAUCUAUUCUUCAAGCAAAACUCCGAAUCCAACGUUGUAUUGGAGUGUUAAAAAACGAACCUGAGGAUGAAUUAUUCUUACAUGAAAUUACCCAACCUUCUUCGCGUCCUUCUACUCCACCUAGAACUGUACACCUUGCCUGA